AGUGCCUUUCUUCCUAACCGACCGGGCGGAUGCGGCGGCUAUACAUGCCCGGAAUCCGUCCUACCUAUUUCGGGCAAAAGUGUUCCACUCAAAACACCUAGGACUGUCCUCCUGGAGGAGGCGGGGAGGAAGCAGCCGCGAGGAAAAGCGACCGACCGAGCAAGCGCUCCCCAGCCUUAAACAAAUGAAAUCAUAAAUUCGGAACAUCAUGGCCACGCACGGCAGGCAGCGGGGCUCGCCAGGUGCAGUUGUCAGUGAAUCGCUUUACUGGUUCUGCUGAGCCCCUACGUAGGUUGAUGUCGAGAAGGGGGAGGAAGGGAUGCUGAUCGCUGUGCCGCCGCAUGAAAUUGCCGCCGACCAUUCAUUCAUUUAUUCAUAGCGCGCUCUGCCACAUUUUUCCUGGAAGGAUUUUAAUGUAGCCGUGGACCUUUACAUCAGCGUGUAGUGACGACUGAGAAAAUAUUUACACACGUUCCGGUAAAACCCAGCCUAAUAGGAGCUCCCGGCGCCCGAGCGAGGUAUUUUACAGGAGCUGCAAGAAAAAAAGCGCAAGGCGGAGACACAGCCGAGGUACCGUGGUUUGGAUUCUUGCCUGAGAGAAAGGCGUUGCUCGCCUUUACAGGUUGUCCAACGCAUUGUGUAGCUGGUCACUUCACUCCAAAAUUCAAACUCCAGUAUAAGUUCUCUAAAUCAAAAUGCCUUUCAAAAUAACACUAGAAUUAACGGAGAUGCAAAAUAUGAAGCUUCCUGAGGAUGAUAACAUAAGCAAUGAUUCUAAUGAUUUUACAGAAGUAGAAAAUGGACAAAUGAAUAGCAAGUUCAUCGCAGACCGUGAGAGCAGAAGAAGCCUAACUAACAGCCAUUUGGAAAAGAAGAAGUGUGAUGAAUACAGUCCAGGCACAACAUCUUUGGGAAUGUCUGUCUUCAACCUUAGUAAUGCUAUCAUGGGCAGUGGAAUAUUGGGUCUUGCCUUUGCUUUGGCCAACACAGGAAUUGUACUCUUUAUGUUGCUUUUGAUUUCAGUGACACUGCUCUCCAUCUAUUCAAUAAAUCUCUUGUUAGCUUGUGCAAAGGAAACAGGCUGCAUGGUUUAUGAAAAACUCGGAGAACAAGUUUUUGGCACUCCAGGAAAGAUUAUUGUUUUUGGAUCUACGUCUCUUCAGAACACUGGAGCUAUGUUGAGCUACCUCUUUAUAGUUAAAAAUGAGCUGCCUGCUGCCAUAAAGUUCCUUAUGGGAGAAGGUGACACAUUUGUAGCCUGGUAUGUGGAUGGGCGAGUUCUGGUCGUAGCUGUGACCUUUUUAAUAAUUCUUCCUCUAUGCCUUCUGAAAAAUUUGGGCUAUCUUGGCUAUACUAGUGGAUUUUCUCUGACAUGCAUGAUAUUUUUUCUCAUAGUGGUCAUAUACAAGAAAUUUCAGCUUUCUUGUCCUUUUCUGGACAGAAAUGCAACAGAUGCUACCUUUUCCAAUUUUAGUUUUGGCACGGAGGCAUGCAGACCAAAGUAUGUUACAUUUAAUUCUAAGAGUGUGUAUGCUUUGCCUACCAUUGCAUUUGCAUUUGUGUGCCAUCCAUCAGUCCUUCCAAUCUACAGUGAACUUAAAGAUCAUUCGCAGAAAAGAAUGCAGAUGGUUACAAAAAUCUCUUUCUUUGCCAUGUUUGUCAUGUACUUUUUAACUGCUAUUUUUGGCUACUUGACAUUUUAUGAAUCUGUACAAUCAGAUUUGCUUCACAAAUACCAGAAUAAAGAUGACAUCCUUGUCUUAACUGUUCGUGUUGCCGUCAUUGUUGCAGUGAUACUUACAGUCCCUGUGUUAUUUUUCACUGUUCGUUCAUCUAUAUUUGAGCUUGCUAGAAAAACCAAAUUUCAUUUAUGCCAACACAUUGUGGUUACAUUGAUCCUUUUGAUGAUCAUUAACCUGCUGGUUAUUUUUAUACCUUCCAUGAAGGAUAUUUUUGGAGUUGUAGGAACAACAUCUGCCAAUAUGUUGAUUUUUAUUCUUCCAUCUUCACUCUAUUUGAAAAUCACCCAUCAAGAUGGUUCAAAACUGAUUCAGAGAAUUUGGGCUUCCCUCUUUUUGGCAUUAGGAAUUUUAUUUUCCAUGGUGAGCAUUCCUCUUGUUAUCUAUGAUUGGGUGCAUUAAGACAUGCCACUGAAGGUUAGUGAGAUACCAAGAAGAACGCAUUAUCUCCUUGCUGUUCACAAAAAUCACUAAUCACCUAUUUUGCCAGUAUGUCCUACUCAUCAGAAAUUUCCUCUAUUAAACAAACAAACAAGAAAUAAUCAUCACUGCAUAUUUUCCACAGGAAAUAGUUGCUAAUUUGUAAUUUUUGCAUCAGUAUUAUUACAGUGGUCAGAACAAUUUCACAGAUCCCAUUGGUCAUAGGUCUUCUGUAUGCAGUAAAUGGUAAUGAAAUACCUGAAGAAUAUCUUCUACUGCUUCAUACAUUGCACAGGAAUAUUUCUUCUGAUUUUCAGCUAAAAUCCAUUAUCCAUUAUCCUGAUCAAAGUAAAUCACACUGGUGCAGUAAUGUGGUUAAUGAUUAGAUAGAUAACUAGUAUUUUGUCACAUAUAGAUUCUAUGGAGUCUUUUGGUAUUAGUAAACAAAAACUAAUUAUUUAAGCUCAGUUAUCCUUGUGGGAGAUGUGCAUGCAUGUGUACCCAUUUUCAAAGUAGUCUCCCAGGAAAUUGCACCUUGUCUCCCUGUCCCGCUACAGUAUUAUUUGAAUUAAAAUACACCAAAAUCAAAAGAAACAGAUCCAGAGAUAAUGUGUGUGAGAUAUAAAAUUUCUUGGUGCCAGGAUUACAUUUGUAAAUAUAUUUUGCUUUGCUUUGAUGAAGUUGUGAUCUUCUGGUUGGGAGAAUUUCAAACUCUCUUUUGCUGUUACAAGAACAAUAACAAUAAAGAAGCUGUUGCCAAGGAAAAUA